AUGAGAAGUUCAAGUUCUAACUAUUCAUUAUAAAGAGAUUUCUAAAAACUAGAAUCCAGAUUAGAAAGUAUUGAUUUAAGAAAUAGAAGUGGAAUUAGAGAUAAAAAACAAGAUAUUGGAUAUUCAAGAAUUGAUAAUAAAGAAAAUUAUGCAAUUUAAACAGCAAAGAAUUAAUUAUUUUCAUAUGGAGCUAAAUAUUAACAUAAACUUUAAAUGUAAAAAUCAAAAGUAGAUAUUCCUGUUGUUGAGGUCAAAAGAGUGGAUGAUAAAAAAAAGUUGAGUAUAAUUUUCAAAUUUUAUGCAUCCUUUGGUGAUAGAACUAAUAUUGAUUAUAUUCGAUCAAAUAAAAUACAUAAAUUAAUGUCAGAUUCUCAAAUAAAACUUUAGAGAUAGGAUUAGUAAUAAAUUGAUUUACUUUUUGUGAAAGCAAAUAGAAAUAAACCUAACAUGGAUUUUGAGAACUUUUAUUACUUUUUAGAAUUACUCUCUGAAAAUUUAUAUGGAGAAAACUCUUUUUAGUUUUUGAUGGAUAAUCACUUGACUCCAUUAUUUGAAAAUAUAAUAUCAUCUACUGAUUUAGGAGAUGAAGAAACUAAACUAUCUGAAGAAAUUGAUACUAUUUGUGUAAAAUUAAUGUAGGUUGUUAUUUAACCAAUCACAGUUAUUUAUAAUAAAUAUUUCCCUCCUCAAUUUAAGAACUUUAAUUUGAAAGAUUAAUAAGAAGAAUUAAUGAUAAAACAAUAGAUUAGAUCUUCUUUAUUUUUAUUUUUAAAAGAAUUUGAAAUAUGCCCUUAAUUUAUAACUAAAGGAUCUGCAUAUUUACUUUUAGAUUAUAUUUAGGCUGAUCAAGACUUACCAUAAAUUUGUUAAUAAUAAAAAAAGUAAAAAUCAAAAUUUGAUGUUAAUUAAUUUUGUUGUUAUAUAAUUAAAUUAGCGAUGAUGACUCUUUAAAGCUUUGAUGAUUCUACUUAAGAACAACAAAUUAUAACACCAUUAUAAAAAUUAGCCUUUUUAUUUGAAAGAAUGGAAUUGAGUCAAGGUUUUAAUAAUUUAGAAAUACCAUCAAAUAAUUCGAAAAUGAAUUGGAAAUUGAAAGUACCUGAAGAACUUAUAGAAUUAAUAAUUAGUGAUCCUAAUGCAAUUCAAUAUUUAAAUUCAUCAACUUAGAGAAUGAAAAUUAAUUAAUUGAAAAACGAAGAAUUUUAUGAAGAAUAAGUUAAAAGAGUUAAUACAAUACCUACAAACAGAAUUCGACAAUCAAUUUAAAUUAAUAAAUAAUUUGAAGAAUAAUCUCAAUAGUUAUUCUAAGAAAAUUAUACAUAAUUAUUUAAUAUAUAUAGGCAAUAUUCAGGAAUAAGUUAAUAAACAGGGCAAGAUAAUGAAUUAGUUGGUAGCAAAUGGAUGAAAUUCUUAAAAGAUGCAAAUUUAGUAAAUAUUAAUCUUGUUGAGAAAAAUAGCAAAUUUGCAUACUAAAUACCUCAUAAUGAAAUUGAUUUAAUAUUUGCAAAAGCAUGUACAGCUUAUCAAAAUAAUAGAGCAUCAGUUCCGAUUAAAUAAAAGAAAUAAACAAUGAAUUUUAUUUAAUUUUUAAAAGGGAUCUAAUUAUUGACGAAUGAUAUAAAUGUGUUAAAAACAAUUUUGAAUCAUCAUAUAUUGCAUUUAAUGGGUUAAGGAUCAGAAAAUAAAAUUAAAGAUCUUCUCUCAUAAUUAAUGAAUUUAUUGAAAGAUAAGGAAAUUGUUGAAUUUCUUGGAUUGUUACACAAAUCUAUUCUCGUAUAUUAUAAACAUUACACAAUAAGUAAAUAAGUUAUGAAUUUCGAACAAUUCUUAAGAUUUUAUAAAGUAAAUAUAAUUAUAAAUAAUAUUAGGAUUUUUCUAUUUUCCCUGAUUUAUUGACCAAAAAUAAAAUAGUUUAAAUAUUUUAGAUAUUGUCAAAAUUAUAUGAGAAUCAAGAAAAUUCAAAUCUAAAAAGUGGACUUAUAGAUUAACAUAUGUUUGUUGAAUCUCUUGCACUCUCAGCCUUAGAAAUCUCAUAUAAUGAUGAUGAAAAUUUAAGUUAGUUAGAAAAGGUAAAUAUUAAAGAAAUUAUAGAUUUAUUAUUUGAUUGAGAGAUUAAAUUAAUCAGAUGGUCCUAGAAUCGUUCAAAAGUAAUUAGGACAUACUACGUAAGAUUUAUAAUUAAUUAUACAUAGUUGUCCUUCUGGUCAAGAUUGGGACUUAUUGUAUCAUAUAAAAAAGAAAUUUUCUUGGUUAAUUUAAUAACAAGAGUAAGUUUCUUACUAAUAAUGA